UUAAUUUUUAAAAAUACAUGAAUAUAAUUUGAAUCUUUUUUUUUUUUGAGAGUCUAAUACAAUUUUUUCAUAACACAUUUUGCAUUCUAAUUCUCAUCAAUUUGCAUGUAAUGAUUUUGUUUUGCACUGGAUAUACUCACUUAAAUUUUCAUCUAUGGAUUAAUGUACAAAAUAACUAGUUUAAAAUCAUUAAAAUAAACACUAUAGACUUACGAAUUUAGAUGUACAAGUUCAAAUCAAACUUAACUUCAAUUUUCUUUUCUGUGCUGAACUUCAAAUUGUUUCUCCAUUAAUGAACUAUUAGCUUUUAAAAUAAAGGAGAACCACAUAUGUUUUUGUCCCUUCUUCUUCCUUUCACUCGCUUUGCUCUUGUAAUAUUGCUUGUUCAAUCGUAUCCACUCACAUUAUGUUUUUCUUACAACAUGACACACAACAGCCUAAUUAGCUUAAAGUAAAUUUCUUAAAAUGAUGGCAAAUAACCACUUUAUGAUCAUAUAUAAAUGACUGAAAUCGAGUUGGCUUUGACCACAUAUAGAACGGUCCAUGCAAAUCCAAGUGGCUGAUAAAUCUACGACAAGCCAAAAAAGAACUUCAAGUAAGUUCCAACAUAAUCUCCACCACUAUCUAGGAGCUUCACUCUCACACACACAUCAUCCCAUCAUUUUUCCAUAUAUAAAGUCACAUACAAUAUAUCUUGCAUAAACUAACUUUGGUUCUCUUAUAUAUUCCUCGAGAGUUAAAUAAUCAUAUUCUAAGAAUAAAAAAACACGAUGUUAGAAGGGAAAGCAGUAAUGGGUGAGACAGAUAUGAAGCAAACAAUGAAGGAAGAUGCUCUUAGUUUGGCCUCCAAAGCCCUUGAUUGCUUUGAUGUCACCGAACCCACCCAAAUCGCACGUUUCAUCAAGAAGGAAUUUGAUAGUAGUUACGGAUCGGGAUGGCAGUGCAUCGUCGGGACGCAUUUUGGAUCUUUCGUGACUCAUUGCAGUGGCUGCUUCAUCCAUUUCUCAGUUGGCAACCUUACCAUUUUGCUUUUUAGGGGAUCAGUAGGUGAACCGGCUCCCCGGACCGAUGGUCUAGCUAAUUUAGACAGUAUUGUAAAAUAGUCAAGUCCUUUUCGAUUGAUGUAGUGUUAAAGUUAAGAGCAUUCAAGUUCUUUCUCUGUAAUGUUAUGGAUGUCUUCAGUAACAAGAAAACACUACUUUCAAAUUA